AUGCCGAAUGAUACGAGAUAUUAUUACGACUUGAUAAACACCAAGUGGUGGUAUUUUGAUACCCCCUCUGGGGGGUGGAGAGAAUGCAAAGAAGAAGUAGCAACAGAGGAGGCACCAGAAGAAGAGGUAACUGCAGAAAGUGCCAAAAAUUGUGAGGAAAAGAAAAGCCAUAAAUACGAAGAUUACAAAAAUUUGGACAAGUGGAACGAAGGAAAUUACAAGAAUCAUCCCCAACAUGUUAUGAACGGAAAAGUCGAAACAAGAAAGGGAAGAACGUUGGAAAACAAACUCCAUAAUUAUGCAUAUACACCAAGAAAAAACUCAAAACCGAAUUCGGAAAGCUCCAACGCGGCCAGCAACAUAAAACACUACUCCUUUAAGAGCAACAUAAGACAACAUAAAAAUGGGAAUCUGCUAGAGCAUAAUGAGACGUAUGACGACUCGUAUGAAGAUAACGGGCAUGGAAAAUACGCAAAUGGCGAUGCGGAGGAAAAUAGCUACGAUGAAAGCGGUGGACACUACGAUGAAAGUGGUGGCCCCUACGAUGAAAGCAGUGGACACUACGACGAAAGCGCUGGACACUACGAUGAAAGCGCUGAACACUACGACGAAAGCGCUGGACACUACGACGAAAGCGCUGGACACUACGAUGAAAGCGCUGGACACUACGACGAAAGCGCUGGACACUACGACGAAAGCGGUGGGAACUACGCUGAAAGCAGUGGGAAUUACAACGAGGCUGGCGAACACUGCGACAAAAACUGGGGAUAUUAUGACGAAUAUGGGGGCUACUAUGAUGAAUAUGGGGGGUAUUACGAUACGUAUGGUGGGUACUACGAUAAAAACGGGUUAUAUUAUGAUGGAAGUGGAGAGUAUUAUGAGGAGAGCGGAGUCAACAAAGGAGAAAAUGAGAAGUACCAUGAUGAGAACAGGGUUUGCUAUGACAAAAAUAGUCAUCUUUAUUAUGGAAGUGAAGAGCACCGUGAAGCAAGCGGCGAAUAUUGCGAAGAAAGUGGAGAGUCUCACAACGAUAAAGGGUACCACCACGAUGAUAACGAUAAGCGCUACUACGAAGAUUGUAGCGACAAUGAAAAGGGGAUUACUCCUAAGGACGAGCAAGGGGGACGGUUUGAAAAAGGGGCAAGAAAGUAUUUCCAUAAUUACUACGAUAAGGUAACCAAAGAUUGUGCAGUAAGUAGAGGUUCUUUACACCUUCCAGGUAAAACCAGCAAUUUAAGAGAGACAAAUGAAAGCAGCAAAGUUUAUAAUGGGGAGGGUAAGAAAAGUGACGACCAUGGGAGCGACAAAAGUGACAAAGAAUCGGAGCAAAGCUGCAACUCCUCAGACAAAGAAAGAACCAGUUACGAUGAUUUAAUGAAAGACAGAGCGAAAAAAAAAAAAAAAUCCUGCCAAUCGAUAAGUUCUAGUGACUCAGAAAACUCUGAUAAGUUAAGCGAGCGAAUUAACAGCUUACUGAAUCAAUCAAGCAGAAACUUGUCCCAACUCUGUAAAAACGAUAGCUCGGCCAUUUUGGAAAACUUGCUAAGUCGCAGCUUCACCAGAUCUGACCAUUUGAAUUCCAUCAAUACUAUUGAAAAGUCAAGUGAAGAUGGGAAGGAUGAAAAUAAAGAAGCGAAUAGACUGAUUAAGAGAAAGACCAAAGUAAAUUUCGACCAAAUGUAUAGGGGUGAAAAUAAUGGUGAUAAAGAACAGGGGGGGGGUGGCCAGGUGAGCCAUGGGCUGGUCAACAACGCGGGGCAGAACGCCGACCGCAGCGACAAGGAUAAUGACACUGAAACGAACUACGUGCCCUUCGUGAGGAGAGCGACAAGAAAACUCACCUUUAAAAAUCAGGGAGGACUAGCGGGGUGUCUAAAAGUCUUUCAAGAAAAGAAAAAAGAGUUAAUGUCUUCUACAACGAGUGAUGUAAACGACAUGGAAAUUAAAAUUGCCAACCUUAAAAGGAGGGCCAGGGAGCUGGCCCAAAGAUACAAAACCAAAAAUCAAACCAAGGGGGAUCAACUCAAAAGUGAUCAAAUUAAGACAAAAUUUGAAGAAUUAGUUUUUCUCGUACAAAAAGACAAGAAGCAAUCCAAUGAGAAGGGGAAGAACCUCGAAUGA